AUGUGUCUUUCCAGAACAGCGGCGACUCAGUUUGUAUUUGCUGUAUUUCAUGAUGAAAACCUGCCAAUCGCAAGUGGACAUGUAGUUACACCAGGAAAAGUGAACAGCAGACCCGAGUUCAAUUUUGAAGAAGCGCCGAGUGUUUGUGCGGACUUAGGUAGCCUCGCGGGUGCAUUACUUCCGAAACACUGGAAUAUUGGAUAUCGGGGACACCGUCUUGGAAAUGAGAUUAACGGCAUCAUGACCUACAUGAUGGCGGAGAUUCAGUGUGCUAAAUUCGAUCGGUGUACCCGCGCAGUUGAGCUAUCAGAAAAGAAAGAUGCUACAGGAAGAAGUAAUGGAAGGCCGACACUGGCUUUGCGAAACUGCACCCAACCAUGGAAAUUGGAUGGCCCGGCACCAUUCAUUACAGCUGAUCUACGGCAAAUGAUAGUAAACUAUCAUCCUAAAGAAAGAGAAACACCAUUUCAGUUGUUUGCUGGCUUGUUCCGCUACAUACUAGUAUGUAGCGGAACAAGGGCCAUAGGGCCAUAG